UGAAUAUCACGGCGCUCGCUCACUACGUAAGAAGCGGAAAACUAUCCCGCCUGUAUUUUCGCGUUAUAUGGUAUUGCCGUUUUCAGGCGUUCGUAAAAAAAAGCAACUAGUGUUUGUAUUAACGUUUGUGUUUUUAUGUGAACUAUCGUUUUCUCGCGUUUCGUGUCGCUGUAUGUAUGUAAUUUUUUUGCACAAGACUAUUUUUCGCGCCUUUUCAAUUUAUUCUUCCGUAUAUACAGGUAUAUUUGAGGAAUUCUGUGAGAUGAAUUAGAAUAAAUGGUGUAGGAUGCGUUGGAAGUACAAGUUCAGGAAUGUUGAUCACUAUUCGUCUUGGUUAAUUUUGUUGGACGAUUCGCGAGUGUAAAGGUGAAAAAAAAUGAAUAAUUGAUAAAUUAAGCCGAAGCGUAAUUCUGGCUUCCAUUUUCAUGAAUGGGUUUUUAUCGUUGUACGUGAAUUCGGAUCGUGCACCAUCUUGGAGUUCAUCAUGAUACCAACCAACGUGAUAUCUUUCAUCAAUAAGAUUGUGGCGGUAGACAGUGGCGGAUCAGACGAAAAUGAAAGCUCGGUUCGAGGAUUGUUACGGAAUACGCUGAUAAACGCGCAAGAUAUAGUUACUUCGGGAUCUAGAAGAAAUUCUAGUUCGCCUCUUUCAGACUGCAAUAGCCCUGUAUCGCCGCCAGAUGACAAGUCGACGACCAGCACCACCAAUACUACUAGUGAAAAAACACCCAGUUCGAAGGAGCAACCUGGAAGACGAGCGGGAUCAUGUCGUGUGUGCCUGAAAAGCUUCAAACCAGAGGAUUACUCGAGAAUAUGUUUCGGUUGUAAAAUGAAAGUAUGCGAAGACUGCGCUUCCUAUUCGCAAUUAGGAGAGAACGAAGAUGAAUCGCUGUGGUCGUGUAGCGUUUGUAGACGGAAGCAACAAAGUGUACAACAAUUAAUCGUAGCUCAAGAUUCGCAAGAUAGUUUACUAGAUGUACCAAUCGUAGAUACGUUACAAAGACGACAUUCCGAUAUUCGAAUCAGUUCGUCGAAUUCCGGCACGAAUAUACAAUCGUUAGGGGCUGGAUUGGCGCCGCCGAGAUCGCCGGAACUUCGCAGGCAUUCGGAUGUAUCACCGGCAUCGUUAAAAGAGCUAGAAAAAGCUUUGUUAAAGGUUGCUAGUGAAAAACGCGAAGAAAUGAGAUGGGAGAGGGAGCUGGAAUGGAGACAGAAACAACGCACUGCCAGGUCAGGCUCGUCGUCCGGACCUGGUCAACAAAUUAAACCACCUGGACCCACUUCACCGUACGAUCGAAGACCGUCGACCAAUGAAAGCAUGCAAUAUAAAGAUAAAGAUAAGAGAAAUUCAGACGAUAAUGCACCAGAACCAAACGAAUGCAAUAGACGCUCAAGUAACGCACCUAAACCUAUUCCGGCAGCUUUACGGACACGUAGAAAGUCACAAGUGCCAAAACAACACAGCUACGAUGACGAAAUUAAAAAUUUAGGCAAAAAAUCAAGUUCAAAUGUGUUAGAUUCGAAUAGCGCAGCCAUACCAAGACGUGCUUCAGCCUACGACGUGUACCAUAAGCGACCAGAUGGCUCGUUGAUGGCGAGUGGGAAACCAGAUCCUGGCCGUAGAUCGUCUUUCAGAACACCAUCGCCUAAUGAUAAAGACGAAGGAUUGCAUAUCGACGCUAGACGAAGAGCAUCGUGUCGGCCACCGAUGUCAAGCGAUAACGAAGAAUCGUUUAGUCCAGCUGUAAGAAGACAAUCUAUGAAACCAAAGCCAUUGAGUGAUUUAAGCGGACCUAAUGAUGGAGGCGAAUCAUCAUCACCUUCACUGGCAGAAUUCACAGACGAAGAAAGAAGAGCAAGACGCCGAGGAUCUCAGUUACCCGAUAUAAACGCUAUUAAGGCAGGCAUGCUGGGAAGUCCGAGGCAAUCGUUGUCUGCAAUACCGUGCAACGUUCAGCCACCGGAUAACUCGUAUGCCGAAUCUUUACGCAGACAAUCAUCGUUAUCUGGCGAAGAUAUUAAAAUCGUUAUCGACGACGUCGAUCAGUUGGAAUUGGAUCAUCAACCGAGUUCCGACGUAUCACCAGUGAGAAGAGUUAUUUUGAGGAGGGAUCCGAACGAGCGGAUUCAUAAAACGAGAGGUUUUGGUAUGCGAGUAGUUGGUGGUAAACCUGGUCCUGAUGGAACGUUAUACACUUAUAUCGUUUGGACAAUGCCUGGUGGACCAGCAGAAAAAGCUGGAUUAAGGAAAGGAGAUAAAAUACUAGAAUUAUGUGGUAUUCCGUUAAUGGACUUAUCAUUUGACGAAGUGACAUCAAUAAUGGAUCGAACUGGCGAUGUUAUAGAUAUGGUUGUGGAAACACAAGGUGUCAAAAUGAACGAAUCGAAAGAUGACCUUAUAAGUCAAACCCGUAAAAAGAAUCCAGAAAUUGUAGAACCCCAUGAACCUGUGAUAUCACCGACGAGAAGAAAACUACCGAAGACACCGAUGGAACUUCAAGAUAUGGUUGUGAACGCAGCGAAUCAAGAUCAACAGCAGAAGGAGAAAGAUGCCAAUAAAACCGAGCAAAUUAGUAGACUGCAAUUAGAAUUUUGGUGCAAAGAGAAAAAAUCUGUCUUAGUUGUUUCAAUUUUAGCCGCCGAUAGUUUACCUUUAAGAGACGAUUACUAUUUCGGAGGUUGCCAGCCGGAAGCAUUUAUUAGACUUCGAUUAAUACCUACGACCGAUAACGACCAAAUUAUAUUUACUGAUGUUGCUGAACCUAAUCAAAAUCCUAUCUGGAAUACAACGGUGGAAUUACGUGCUGAAAAUGGCAAUGUCUUAGAAAAAGCUUUAGAAGUGACUAUUUGGGAUCAAAGACCUGAUGGUGAACAAGUGUUUAUAGGUGAAGUUGUCAUACCAGAAAUUGACUUGACAAUUGAUACGCCAGUCUGGUAUAGAAUCGAAAACCCCGAAACUCCUGGAGUGAAAAAACCGAACCAAUACUUCCCAGAUUCUCCAACGCCCAGUUUGGAUGGCACUCAACGUUCACUUUCAGAAGAUAGAGACAGUGAAAUUGACGGAGGAGAUGGCACAUAUGGAUUCUUACAUCCAGAUCACGCAUAUUUAGCAGGAUCUCGAAGAGGAUCGAGUCAAUCAGAACAGUUGGAAGUUGAACCCUAUCAACUAAACAGAGACUUUUCAAGAUCACUUCCUGGAUCUAGACGAAGUUCCUUCCAAUCAACGCAGAAUUCUGAUAAAGAUAUACCGCCAGUUACGUAUUCAUCGAAAGGAAGACGCCGAAGUUCCUGUACUCCGAGGCCAGAUCCAGAUGAAAUCCUUAAAAAUCUGAAAGCCGUCAAAGGAGAAUUACUUGGAAGAAGUAUGAGCAUUUGCAGUGGUGAUUGGCGUAUGAGACGAAAAAGCAGCGAUCGCAGAAAAGAAUCGAAAGAUUCCGUACCCGAACUAGCGGAGCCAUCGGGUGACCAGCAAAACGACGAUGAUGAACCAAGAGAUGAUCGAAAAUUAGGACCAUUCCAAUUGGAACCAAGAUUUAACUCGUUUACUAAAGUAAAAUCACCAAAAUUUCCAAAUACCGCCAAAUCAGGUGGAAACAUAGACUUGGGUCUAGAACUGUGCAUCACCAAGGGCCAAUUAGCAGUCAAGGUUUGCAGCGCUAGAGGUCUGACUCCAUCAGAUAAUCCACCAGACACUUAUGUAAAAAUGUACUUAAGAGAUGGAGACCGACUGCUGCUUAAACGUAAAACUCGAGUGGUUACCAAAAGUCUCACUCCGGAGUAUAAUCAAACGCUGAAAUACGCAGUCCGAGACGUAUCAGACCGAUCUCUAGUCGUCAUGCUGUGGGAAAGACAAAAAGGCUUUGAACACAAUCAAGGUUUGGGCAGCGCCGAAAUACGAGUCGAUACGUUAAAAUUAUGCGAACACGUAACUGGAUGGUAUCCGUUAUUUCCGAUCCAGAAGAUUGGCUCCGAAUCCAACGACUCUCCGUAAAAUCUUAUUACUUUAAGGUACCUAUCUAUCUUUCUUUCCUAAAUCCAACUACUUGUACCUACCUAUUUCUUCAUCCUCCUAAUUGUGUAUACCGAAAAGUUUUAUGUAGGUACCCGAACCAAGUAUACUACAAUAUUGAUGUAUUUUAUGUAUCGAGAUACUUUGUACUCAUCAUGUAUCGAGUUCCAUGUUUUACUAUAAAUGUUAAGUGUUUUUAGAUGUAAAUGUUUGUUAUUAAUUUAGAUAUCGAUUAUUUAAACGUCUGCAUCAUUCUGUCUGUACAUGUACAUAAUUUCGCGAGUCCUUCUCCUUGUAUGUAUUUAUGGUAUAUGAGAACGUGCGUUUAUAAUAUUAUAUCUAGUUCGAAUAAGCAUUUUAGUAAAAUCGAUUUUGUAUAGAAUUCGUCGUAUUAGUAGCAUAUAAUGUACCUACCAAUGUACCUACGAUUGAUACUAACCACAGACUUCAUUUUAUAUAAUUAUUUGUUUAUCGAAAUUACAAAUUAUAGGUACCUACAUAAUUACCUACUUACGUAGCGUGAUACGUUUUCGUGUACCUUUCCACCUACCUAAUUUUAUAGAUUAUAAGAUUAAAAUGAAAACAUAUAGUGAUAAAUUUUAGACGGUAGAAGUAGAAGAUUUUUCGAAUAAUUUUUCAUACCUAUACGAAGUCUUCGUUUUGUAGUGAAAAUUGAAAAGUGAAUCGAGUUGUGUUUAAUUUUAAUAUGAAUUUUUAUGUUAUUUUAAAAAUAAUAGUCGUAAGUUCAAAAGUAUAACUUUAUAAAUAAGGUUACCAUGGAUUUACGUAAAAACGUAGUAAAUGCGAAAAGAAGGGAGGUUAUAUGGUAGAUUAAUUUAGAAUUUUAUAUUUUCAGGGCGUUUAAUUGGGCACCUAUCUAAUUAUUCGCGGAAUUCGUUAGAAUUUAUAUCAUAUUGAAUAAAAACAUAUCUUCGAAAUUACUACGAUAUGAGUGAUUUUUCCGACGAAAUAACAUAUCUUCCAUAAAUCCGAACCCCAUAGUUACCAUGAUUAAAUAGGAAGUUGUCGAACGAAAAGUUGUAAAGUUAUAUUUAUUUUUAUUUACGUAAUAAUAAUUAGUAUUAGUAAAUUGUAUUAGAGGCCUAACAAGUUUUCAAAAUUUUUUGUACUACGUAAUCGUUUAAUUUUAAGUGUGUUUUUUUUUACUCUUCGAUCAGUGUCUGAUUCUUUUUACUGUGUUUUAUCAAGUUUCUCAACGAUUUUCUUCCAAUCUGUACGAUAAGCUUUUCUUUAUGAAUACGCGACUAUGUGUCUUUUAUGAUAUCUUUUUUUAAUCCUUUUUUUCUUCUUUUUUUUUCGUGACGAAUAAUAUUAUACGUUCGAGUUCACUCAUUUAUUAAAUACAUGAUAGGUGUUUUUAUUUUCUUCGAAGUACUUUUUUUUAGCUUUUUUUCUCUUUAAGGAUAAGUUCAAUCUUUUAGACAAUCUAUUUUUGUUACCUAUCGUGUAAAAUACAUACUAUUUCUUCUGUGUAAAUAAUUGGACAACAUUCAACAAUUUUCUACUGUAUUUCUUCUUCUUUUUUGUUUUUUUUUUGUUCGUGUAUCUGUGUUCUCGGCAUAUGAUACCGUAGAUUUAUAAUAAAUGUACCAAGUAUAUGUUUAUUUAGAGCUAGACGAAAUAAAGUGUUAUGAAUUGUG